UGCGGUCCCGGGUGGAGAGAGGUGGAGGGUGGGGGUCACGGAACCUGGCCUGAACGUCACCGUCUGCACCCGGGGCUCGGCGCCACCAUGGAGAGCGGAGGGCGGCCCUCGCUGGGCCAGUUCAUCCUUCUGGGCACCAGCUCUGUGGUCACCGCCGUCCUGUACUCCGUGUACCGGCAGAAGGCCCAGGUCUCCCAAGAGCUCAAGGGAGCUAAAAAAAUCCAUUUGGGUGAAGAUUUAAAGAGUAUUCUUUCAGAAGCUCCGGGAAAAUGUGUGCCUUAUGCUGUUAUUGAAGGAGCUGUACGAUCUGUUAAAGAAACGCUCAACAGCCAGUUUGUGGAAAACUGCAAGGGGGUAAUUCAGCGGCUGACACUUCAGGAGCACAAGAUGGUGUGGAAUCGAACUACCCACCUUUGGAAUGACUGUUCAAAGAUCAUUCACCAGAGGACCAACACAGUGCCCUUUGAUCUGGUGCCCCACGAGGAUGGUGCAGAUGUGGCCGUGCGUGUGCUGAAGCCACUGGACUCAGUGGAUCUGGGCCUAGAGACUGUGUAUGAGAAGUUCCACCCCUCAAUCCAGUCCUUCACUGAUGUCAUUGGCCACUAUAUCAGUGGUGAGCGGCCCAAAGGCAUCCAGGAGACCGAGGAGAUGCUGAAGGUUGGGGCCACCCUCACAGGUGUUGGUGAACUGGUCCUGGACAACAACUCCGUCCGCCUGCAGCCCCCCAAACAAGGCAUGCAGUACUACCUGAGCAGCCAGGACUUUGACAGCCUACUGCAGAGGCAGGAAUCAAGCGUCAGACUCUGGAAGGUCCUGGCGCUGGUAUUUGGCUUUGCCACGUGUGCCACCCUCUUCUUUAUCCUCCGGAAGCAGUAUCUGGAGCGGCAGGAGCGACUGCGCCUCAAGCAGAUGGAGGAGGAGUUCCGAAAACAUGAGGCCCAGCUGCUGAGUCGAGCCAAGCCUGAGGACAGGGAGAGUCUGAAGAGCGCCUGUGUCGUGUGUCUGAGCAGCUUCAGGUCCUGUGUCUUUCUGGAGUGUGGGCAUGUCUGUUCCUGCAGCGAGUGCUACCGUGCCUUGCCAGAGCCCAAGAAGUGCCCCAUCUGCAGACAGGUGAUCACACGGGUGAUUCCCCUGUUCAAUAGCUAAUGGUUUUGAAGCUGCACAGUUAGACAUGGGAGCAACCCCCCCUUUACAGAGAUUUUUGUCUUGAAGCCUUUGGAAGAGCAGUGGUGGGGGUAGCUCUUACCUCCAGGUAUGAUUGAGGGAGGGAGAGGGCGGAUACUGUCCAAACCCACACUUCCAACAACAGGGUGUUGCCUUUCCAACCCAAGUGGGGAUCCUUUCCAGCAGAGAACAUUAGAAUCAGUGCCCCACCCUGCGUGGGUGCAGUGGCAUGGCAUUUUUCCCCAGGAACCAGAUAGGUGUGUUUGCGACUGAAAACACCUCAUUGCUUAAACACCAAAGCCAGUGAUCUUCAGCUCCUCUGUUUUUCUGUCUUCUGAUCCUUUCUGGUGAACUGUGGAUUGCUGCGAACUUUGGGGAGAACUCAGCCAGAGGGGAGGGGCCGGGCGCUGAGUACAACAAAUGCAUCACAGAGCUGCCUCUGAGCAGACUGCCAGAGCUUUUCUUCCUUUUGCUUACAUCCCGAGAAAAGGUCUUCAACAUUGUCAGGCUGGACAGGUCACUUGUGUCCCUUUCCCUCACCUCUUGCCUCCUAUACAUGUGCAUAUGUGUGUAGAGGACAAAAGAAAGUGAAAUCAGCACAUCUUCUGCCCAAACAGAUGGGAUACUGGGCAGAAGAAUGAAGAGAGGUCACUUGAGGGGUAGUCAGUCAGUCAUCCCUCCUGGUGUCUCCACUGACCUAGGGAGGGCCACCAGAGAGCAUGCCUCUGGCCCUGAAUUGGAAUUCUUGCAGCUUGGGAGGGCCGAGAGGUGGCUGUGGUUUUCCCUGCUGGAGCAUAAGCCAGAAAGACUUCACCACCUCAUGGAGGCAGCAAAGAUGCUGCUGUCCUCGCUUCCUGGCUUUCACAGCUUUUAUUGGGGAAAAGUAGCUGCCAGCAUCCUAAGCACCGAGCCCUUCAAGUCUCCUCCGCUGCCCCAGCCCAUGGCAACGUUAACAUCCCAUGGGUGUAAUCACAUGGCCCCUCCCACAUUACUGGUCACCCUUCACCUGCCCUUUUUGAGCCUGUGAGUACAAGAGAUGUGGGGGAAUGUCUUUGACCACCUUUAAGUAGUCAGAAGUCCUACACACAGAUCUUGUUUAUUUCCCUUCCCUGUCUUUGAAUAUUCGUCCCCUGAUCCUCCUUUGUGUGGGGGAGGGGGGGUGCUCUCAGGGGGCUGACACUAAUACUAUGCAGUGUCCAGUGUGUACAGCACAAAUUAAACACAUUUCAACCAUG